AUGCCUUCUUCUGUGGCGUCCCACUCGCACAGAAGCACAACCAAGGCUUCACAUAAGCCCUUCAAGUCUCGAAAGGCAACCAAAGGAGCUUUGAAGGAAAUACAAAAGGGCAAGGUUCAGGAUCUAAGCCAUCGCAAGUCACCGCACCAGCAACUCAUGUCCAAGUUCGAUCGUAGAAAUCAAGCCCGCCAGAAGCAACAGGUGAAACACAAGGAGCAUCUCAGGGAGAACAGCGUAUUUGUAGGACGAGAUGGCGCCCCCAGGAUUGUUGCCGUCAUUCCUCUAUGCGAAGAUACAAAUGCCGCGGCCGCUGUCAGGACGAUGAGCAACAGUCUCGAUGUUGACGCUGAAAUCCCCGAUCAAGGAUCUAUACGAAUAAACAUCGACCGUUUCAAGCAGAAAAUCCAGUAUCUGGUUGCGAAAAGAGAAUUGGUUGCUUGUCUAGAUGCAGCAAAAACCGCCGAUUUCGUCAUAUUCCUUCUGUCACCAGAUCAAGAGGUCGAUGAGCUUGGAGAACUGAUAAUUCGAAGCGUUGAGAGCCAAGGAUUAUCAACAAUGUUGACGGCAGUACAAGGACUAGAGACUAUUGAGCCCGCUAAAAGACGUUCAGGAGUACUUACAUCCCUGAAAUCCUACAUCACACAUUUCCAUCCAGAUCAGGAGAAGGUACACAACCUGGAUUCGAGACAAGAAUGUGCAAACAUGAUGCGAUCUCUCUGUACAACUACGCCAAAAGGCGUCAACUGGAGAGACGAGAGAAGCUGGAUGCUGGUGGACGAUGUACAAUUUCCGGACACAGAAGAUGAUCAUACAGUAAUUACGGGCGUAAUUAGAGGAAAGGGUCUAAAGGCUGAUCGACUCGUCCAAGUUGGAGAUUGGGGCGCAUUCCAAGUAGAAAAGAUUGUUGCUGCUCCUUUAGAAUCGAAGAAAAAACGUUCUGAUGAGAUGGCGACAGACGAAUCUGAAAUAGUACUUGACGUGCCAACUGCAGAUCAAGAUGAUAUGAAUGAGUUGGCGCCAGAAGAGAUUAUGAUGGAGGAUGAUAUGGAUACUGCCAUGUCAGUGGCCACCACAGAGAAGCGAGGAGUGCUCUUAGAUGAUCAUCACUAUUUUUCCGACGACGAAACCCACCUCCCCGCAGUUCCUAAGCGAUUACCCAAAGGUACCUCGAAACAUCAAGCGGCAUGGUUUCUGGGUGACGAAUUUUCGGACUCUGGGUCUGACUGGGAAGAGGUUGAUGAUAUUGGUGACGUGUCAAUGAGAGCACCAGCACUUCCGCAGGAUGGCACUGAAGGGUUUGCUCCUCGGGAGCCUACUGAAGCAGCUCCUUCCGAGUAUCCGCAGUCUGAAAUGUUCUUGGAUCCAAAUCCUGAUGAUGAAGCUGAAGCUGCGCAACUGGAGGCAUUUCGAAGGCGGAAAGGAGAUGAGGCCGAAGACGAUCGAGAGUUUCCGGACGAAAUCGAAUUACACCCCCAGGUAUUGGCGAGAGAGAGAUUGGCACGUUACCGCGGUCUGAAGAGUCUUCGUUCGAGUAAUUGGGAGGAAGACGAAGAUAGAGCACAUGAGCCUGAAGAUUGGCGGAGACUUCUUCAGGUUCCCUACUACAAAGCAGCAAGAAGCCAAGUGACUAGAGAGACCUUGGUCGGUGGCGCUCCAAGGGGAACUCGUGUUCAAGUUCAUCUACGGGCAGUUCCAGCGUCGAUUAAGACGACAUACAACCCAUCACAUCCGCUCAAUCUUUUCUCAUUGCUCAGACACGAGCAUAAGCGAACAGUGGUCAAUUUUAACUUUACCCUCAGUUCUGACUACACGGCGCCCAUUAAAUCCAAGGAAGAGAUGAUUAUGCAAUGCGGGCCUCGUCGAUUUAUUAUCAAGCCACUAUUUUCGGAGGGCGGCAAUACAUCAAACGACGUUCAUAAAUUUGAUCGCUUCCUUCAUCCUGGAAGGUCGGCAAUAGCGACAUUCAUUGCCCCGCUUACCUGGGGUGCUGUGCCGGCGAUUUUUUUCAAACAGAAUGGAGAAGAUUCUAAAACACCUCUCACGCUAUUGGGUACUGGCACGUCACUUCCCCCCUCGUCCAGUCGUGUCAUCGCUAAGCGUAUCAUUUUGACCGGCCAUCCUUAUAAGAUUCAUAAGAAACUCGUGACUAUUCGAUAUAUGUUCUUCAACCGCGAGGAUGUCGAAUGGUUCAAGGCCCUACAACUAUGGACUAAGCGUGGUAGAAGCGGUUAUAUUAAGGAGAGCCUGGGAACUCACGGUUACUUCAAAGCAACUUUUGAUGGCAAAAUUAACCCUCAAGAUUCGGUGGGCGUGAGCUUGUAUAAGCGCAUGUGGCCGAGAAAUUCUCAGCCGUGGGCUUCAAAUCUGAGUAGCAUUUUUGAAGAUAUUCUAAUGGCAUAA